UUGUUGGACGAAUGGCUAUCGACGAAUCCAGCUCGACGACGACGCGCCUUCUUACACUUCUCAAUGUUUCUGCGACGAAGGCCGGCAAGCGCAAGAGGGCAUACGAGGAGAGCAAGCCGGCGGAGAAGCUGAACAAGAAACGCGUAGUGCAUAUUACUACGCCGGAAGACAAGAGCGGUAGCUCUGAAGAAUCACGUCCAUCGGAAGAGAAGGGCAAUGAUGCAGUGGAACAGCAGGAGGCUGUGGACAGUGAGGAGCACACAGACGAUGAUGAGCAAAGCAUGGACCCUUACGAAGCGCACUUCGGGCUAUCCCCGAGCGUGCUCACGGACCGCGCACGCGAGGCAGUGGACCAGAAGUCAUGGACAACGAGACGAGAGAAAUGUGGGAAGCUGGGAGGCGUGGCUGAGUCUGUGCCAGAAGGCGCGGACGGCCCCAACGCUGUGAGCGUGAAGCACAAGAUUCUCGACAGGUUAAAGGAACCGCUCCAGGCACGACAGGCAAAAUUACCAAGAGAGGUGGUCGAGCUUCAGAACGAGCUAUUAAACACGCUUUCUUCCUACCGCGAUCUGUAUGUCACGCGAACAGCCCCGGAGACGCAGUCGAGUUUCCGAGAGGCUUUGACUCUACACGCGUUGAAUCACAUCACCAAAAAACGUCGCCGUGUCCUCAAAAACAACGAGCGCAUCUCGCACGCGACAAAAGCUGGCAAUGAGCCACCAGAAGAUGUCCAAGACCAGGGCUUCACGCGCCCUUCUGUCCUCAUCCUUCUCCCCUUCCGCUCCUUCGCGCUCCGCUGGGUGUCCGCGCUUACCGCACAUACCCCCUCACCCCAGUACCAGAUUGAGAACAAUGCUCGCUUCCAGUCCGAGUACGGGCUGCCUCCCGGCGCAGUGGACAAGCUCGCGAACGCGGAGCCCGGGACGUACCCGCCCGACCAUGUAGACAUGUUCAAGGGGAACGUGGACGAUAGCUUUAGGUUGGGAGUGAAAAUCACGAAGAAGAGCGUGAAACUAUUCGCGGAGUUCUAUGGGUGCGACUUGAUCGUGGCUAGUCCCUUGGGGCUCAGGAUGUCAAUAGAGAAGGAAAAGAGCGCGGAUUUCUUAUCAUCUAUCGAGGUACUAAUCGUAGAUCAAUUGGACGCCCUCACGAUGCAGAACUGGGACCACGUACAGUUCGUAUUUAGCCACCUGAACCAAAUGCCGAAGGAGUCUCACGACGUGGAUUUCUCUCGCAUCAAACCAUGGUAUCUAGAUGGACACGCGGGGUACUUGCGCCAGACGGUACUUCUAUCGGCGUACGAGACGCCGGAGACACGCGCCCUCUUCAACCAUUCUACACAGAACGUCGCUGGAAAGAUACGUACGGAGAGACGGUGGACACCUAUCGAAGUGCCGGAAGGUAUCGACCAGAAUUUCGUGCAUUUUGACUGCAGCAACCCAAAGGACGAGCCUGAAAAGCGCUUUCAGUACUUCACGACCCAGAUACUUCCAGCGAUCAUGAAGUCCGCUGUACAGAGCGCGAACACGGUCAUCUUCAUCCCGUCUUCGUUCGAUUUCAUCCGGGUGCAGAACUACUUCCGCAAGAUUAACGCGUCCUUCACCGUGCUCUCCGAGUAUUCGUCUAACCAGGACAUUUCACGUGCUCGCCAGGCCUUCUUCUCGGGAAAGAAGGCUUUCUUGCUAAUUAGCGAGCGGUUCCACUUCUUCCGCCGAUACAAAAUCCGAGGCAUCCGCAAUCUUGUAUUCUACGGCCCCACGGAUCAUCCUCAGUUCUACACCGAGUUCCUCUCGUACCCGUUUCUGGAUGACGGCGUCGAUGUAUCGGACGUCACGUCUCGGGUGCUCUACUCGAAGUACGAUUGGUUGAGGCUGGAGAGGAUCGCCGGGACAGAGGGGGCCGCAGAGCUCAUCAAGAGAGGUGUAUGAGUGCUGUAUGGGCUUCAUGUUAUAGUGUAUUUGUCUAUCGCAGGAGAUAC